AUGUCCUACGUGACAUUUGGUGAAUAUGGCAUAGGUAAAAACUCGGGAAAUAUUCUCUAUCAAGACCGAGCUACAGGCCAACUAUGCGAAGAAAAAAUUCCAACAUACAUCAGACUAGGUAUUCGCCUUCUUUACCAAAGUCGAGGAUCUCAAUCACGAGCAGAAAAAGCAUCUAUUCGUAACUUGCUUACAAGCAUGUCUGUCAAACAGGGCAAAAAGUUUGAUGAUCCAUCGAGCAAAAGUCACAUUGCUUCAUUUGUUGCUUUUCACAACCUGGACUUGGAUGAGGUACUUGAUCCAAUAGUCUCCUUCAAAAAUUUCAACGAAUUCUUUUAUCGCAAACUUAAAAGUUCUGCACGUUUGCUUGCUUCUCCAAAUCCUCACGUUGUUGUUUCACCAGCGGAUGCAAGAUGUAGCGUGUUUCCAACAAUCAAUGCCGCAACGCAGCUGUGGAUCAAAGGACUUAACUUUUCCAUUGCACGUCUUUUAGAUAGCCCUGAAGAGGGAAAACGAUUUGAAUCAGGCUCGCUAGCCAUUUUUCGUCUUGCUCCUCAAGACUAUCAUCGUUUCCAUAUUCCUGUAGAUGGUACUUUAGGGGAAACCAAGCAUAUUGAAGGCACCUUGUUUACCGUCAAUCCUAUGGCUAUUCGAUCUACCAUUGAUAUAUAUACGGAGAAUAUACGGACGAUUACGUAUAUUGAUUCGACGCACUUUGGCCGUGUUGCGUAUAUAUGUGUUGGUGCAAUGCUUGUUGGAAGUAUUGUGUUGACUUCAGAAGCUGGACAGGAAGUGAAGCGAAUGGAUGAACAUGGAUAUUUUAAAUUUGGUGGAUCAACAGUUAUUUUACUGUUUGAAGAGGGUAAAGUUGAGUUUGAUCGAGAUUUGCUAGUCAACUCGGAGCAAUCAUUGGAAACGUUGCUUAAAUAUGGACAAUCUAUUGGCGUACUUUCUCAAUCACAAUCUUGA